AUGUCAUCAUCUUCAUCCGAUGAAGUCGAUGCAAGAUUGGACGAAAUUUGUGAUGAAUACGUGGAAGAAAUAUACAACGACAUAGUGGAGACCCAAACCAUACCACAAAGGACACGUCAGUAUGUUGAACGACACCGCGAAGGAGGACAAGACCAGUUAUGGAAUGACUAUUUCAGCGAAGAUCCGACAUUCUCGACUGCAAUUUUCAGACGCCGUUUUCGCAUGAAUAAGAAUUUAUUCUUGCGUCUUGUUCAUGGCCUAGAAGAGUACUUUCCAUUCUUCCAGCAAAGAAGAGAUGCAACCGGGAGAUGGAGUCUUACGGCACUACAAAAAUGUACUGCUGCUAUUCGCCUGCUUGCUUAUGGUAAUGCGGCUGACACCGUUGAUGAAUAUCUCCGACUUGCUGAGACCACUGCACUUUCGUGUUUACAUAAUUUCACAGACGGAAUUAUACAAUUAUUCGGAAAUGAGUAUCUACGACGACCCACACCGGAGGAUCUCCAACAGCUAUUAGAUAUUGGAGAGAAACGAGGAUUUCCUGGGAUGGUCGGGAGCAUUGAUUGUCGAGCUCCGAGGGUAAAGUACAUGGUCAACGGACACACGUAUAAGUUGGCGUACUACCUCACAGACGGUAUAUAUCCAAAAUGGUCGAUAUUUAUCCAAUCUAUCACACUCCCACAAACUCCUCAACAUGAGUUAUUUGCUAAAGUUCAAGAAGCAACCCGAAAAGAUGUGGAGCGGGCUUUUGGAGUUUUGCAAUCUCGAUUUGCAAUUUCGAGGAUGAACGGGAUGGAUACUCUCGUAUUGAUAUAUCUGAAUUUGAAGAAGGAGACGCCUCCAGGUGUUCAGAGGUGGAAACCGAGAUGCCAACAAAUCUGA